AUGGCGACAGUUGAGGACAUUACCUCUGAUGAAACGUUUAAUUUCAAAUGCUCAUCCUGUGUUAAUUUGAAAAGAAAUAGAGAAGCGGUUAAAUAUUGUGUAGAAUGUCAGGGUUACUGUUGUCAGGAAUGUGUGGAAACGCAUACAGCUUUUGUCGCUUUGAAAAGUCACACCCUUUUGGACAAGGUUAGUUUCAAAUCUGCACGUUCCGCGACAGGUCUACCUGAUGUACCAACAGAGAUUUGCAGCGAGCAUGAGAUAAAGGUGUUGGACAUGUACUGUGAAAACCACGACGUGGUCGGUUGCACAACUUGCAUGGCUUUAGAUCAUAGAAGCUGCACUGAUGUACAUUCAAUACCACAUUCCAUAGAGACAAUAUUCCAGAUUUCAGACGCACACAAAACCUUCCAGAUUAUGCAAGACAAGAUAAAUGCGUUGCGGAAGAUAAAGGCAGAAACAGAAAGAAAUAUUGAAGAUCUGAGUCAGUCGAAAGAGAAAGCAUUGAAUGCGAUAAAAGAUUUCAGAAAAGAAAUGAGAGACAUUCUUGAUAAUCUUGAAAAAGAGUCCAUAAAUGAAGUUGAGGUUGAAUUUCGUAACUUGGAGUCAAUUUUGAAGGAACAAGAAAAGAAAAUGGAAAGUGCAAUUGAAGAUCUUGGGAAUGCUGCUGAUAAUUUGCAGAAAUUGGACGGAAACAAAGCACAGCAGUUUGUAUUGAUGAAAAUUGCUCAAAAGAAAAUUGAGGGAACUGAACGCCCCUGUAAAUCACCAGACGAGCAAACAACGGUGAAAAUUACAUUUUUUGCCAAUCAAAAAUUACAGGAUUUCCUUGGACAGGUAGAGACUUUUGGUAAAGUAACUGGAGAUCCUUGUAUUUCUUUGAACCCAAGGACAACCGCAUAUUCAAUCAAGGACAAAAGGGAAAUGAGCAUAAGAUUACAGAGCGAUUCUGAAAAUGACUGUCGUGUACAUGGUGCAUGUUUAACGGAUGAUGGGAUGCUGCUGUUAGCUGAUUACAACAACAAAAAAUUGAAACGUGCCAACAUUGAUGAAUUGGCAAUGGUUGAUUACUAUGACCUGCCUGCUAAACCAUACGAUGUUUGUUUUAUCAGCAAACAGACAGCAGCUGUUGCUUUGAGUGACAAUAGCAUCCAGUUUAUCUCCCUUGGCAAUCAGAUGUCUCCCAUUCGUCAACUGAAACUUGGACAUAGAUGUUUUGGUAUAGCUUACAAAGAUGAUAGGUUAUAUGUAACUGAAGCAGGCAGCUCUCUAUAUGUCCAUGACAUGUCCGGUAACCUGCUGCAGACAAUAUCACAAAACCAGGCUGAUGGGUAUCCCUUCAAGCAGAAUCAAGAUAUUGCAUUCAGUGAUAACGGUGAUAAAAUGUUUGUAGCCGACUGGCACAACGGUGUGGUAACACUUGAUGCUAAGGGUUGCCAUAUUGAAACUUUUGGUGCUGCCACAGUACUGAGCAAUGCCCAUGACGUGUGCUCAGAUAGAAGAGGAAAUCUGUUUGUAAGUGGAUACGGAUCGCACAGUGUUGUACAGUUUUCACAAGAUGGGAAGAAAAGUUUGGGCGAGGUCGUAAAACCAUCGGAGGGCCUGUUUCAACCAUACUGUGUUUGUUUCUAUCCUUGUCGCAAUAGACUGAUCGUUACUUUAUUUCCGAGUGAUAUAGUUAAAAUAUUUGAUUUACAAUAAUAUGUGUUAAUGUUAACAAUUCUGUUGGAACUGUUGUUAUGUAAAAAUGUUGUGUCUCCUUAAGCUCAGUCUUAUUAAUGUGCACAUUUUAUUACUGACAGUUAGUGAUUUUAGACGUCAUCUGUAAAUGAGAGCUUGUAAACACCAUACCUUGCACGUGCCCAAAGUCCGGAAUGUUUUUCAUAUUGACUUUACUACAUGUACAUAAUUGAGUUCAGCUACAUCUGAUAUGCUUAAUUCUUUCAAUAUCUUACCGAUUUUUCUGAGUCUGCGUUCGUGUCUUACACUCGAAUGCUUAUAUUUAAAUGCAAAAGGAAUAAAUUAAUGUACCGUUAA